AUGUUCCGCCAAUUCAGCGCACCUGAAGAUGACACGAGGCAAUUGACAUUUAACAAAGGAUGUCGACUGGUCAAUGUGAAGUUAACAGCGGCCGGCAUAACAACAAGAGGUCACAUCUGGAAGCUGGGCCGUAUCAUCGACACCGCAAAGUUCUCGCAGAAGUUGCCCUGGAUCGACAACCCAAGAGGCCGGUUGACGUUAAACGAGCGGAAGCGCCUGCUAAAGCUCAAGUAUCACCUCUAUUUUUUGAAGCAACACUGGCUCGCCGACCGGAUCAACCAGUACCUCUCCGCCGACGCCUCCGCCGAUGGCAAGAAUGGGUACAGCUCCUUUACCGAGAUGUGGCACCACCGCAUGGCUGUCGAGCUAGCGGCGGCGAUCCGAGAUCGUCGGAAGCUGAGGCUAGGGAGCAUCUGGGGCAAGCCGGAUCAGCCGCGGCAGUAUCGCGCUCUUUUCGUGUGGCCAGACCAGGACGGUGAAAUGCCACACCGUCGCAAGUCUUACGCUUUCACGUCGGCACGGCAGGGAAAUCCUGGCUCGCAGACACACGACGCUAACGACAUCGACCGCCACGUCUCUCUUGAGAUCCGAAUGGGACCCCUAGGCAAGGGCGGCGUACCGCAACUCCGCGUCCGCAGGUGGCUGUUGGGCAUGUGCUUCUUCGAUGGUAUUCCGCGCACCAACGUGUUAUUUCCAUGGCCACAAGUGCUAGUGGAUAUUUAA